AACCCUAGUUAUGUAAUGGGGCGCAAACGUGAUUUCCAAAUGGACACGUGUCAGCGUCUUAAUACCUGAGCCUUUUCUCUCGCCGUGAAAUAACAGGAACGAAGAUUUCGCAAACUUCUCCCAUUUUUCACUUUUCCUCUUCUUCUUCUUCUUCUUCGUUCACUGUUUUAUCUAUAAAACCCUUUUUCUUCGACAAUUUCAAACCCAAAAAAACAGAGAGAGAUAUGGAACAGAGUAGUAGCGAUUGGUUUGAGAGUGAGAUUGAAAGUGCUGAAAUUCUUGCUAACUUGCAUCAUUCUUUCUCUUUGUUCAGUCAUGUACCAUACUCAUGGAGGUGUAGAAAGAAGAGAUCUGCAAUUCGUAAUACACCUCCUUCUAAUGGCGGCGCCACCACCACCGUUGUUCCUCCACCUCCUCCUUCUAACGCCGUUAAAGUCAAAGCUUCAAGUCCAACAACCCCUCAUUCGUUUCCAGCCACUGAAUCAGAUGACAAGAUUAAACAUUCGGAAAGAAGAACUUCUCUCAAAAGGAAGAAAGAGUAUUAUCUUAAUGUUAUUGAAGAUUUAACGAAAACUAAACACUCCAUCAAUCAAGAGAUUGCAAAAGUUAAAUGUGAUUAUGAACAAUUGAAGUUACUCAAUUCCGAAUUGAAAGCAAAGGGGAAAGAGCUAAAUAUUAAUGGUCCCAAAGAUGAAUACAAAAACCCCAAUUUAGAAAUUAAUAACCCAAUGAAAUUGAAUGAUAUCAUCAAAAAUUCAGUCAACACUUCCAAUUCCACUGCUCAAAAUGCCGAGCAAAAGAAGCAAAUGCCCAAUCAUGAUGCCAACAAUUUUGGGCCGGGUCCAACGACGUCGUUUGGAGUGGCAUCAUCUUCAUUGGGCCGAAAGAUCGAUAAUAUGGGCCCAUUAUCAAUUCCAGAUUUGAACUUUUCAUUUGAAGCAAAUAUAGAUUUGAGUAAAGUAAGGGCAGCUCAAGCAAGACAGAGAAGGAUUCAGAUUUUGAGGCUCAAGAAACCUGUGGGAAAUAAUGCUAAACAACACCAAUCUUCUAGAUAGCACUGACAUACCCGAGUUCGAUUCGAAGUUGGAAUUCUAUAUAGAUUGUUCUUAGAUCACACUAUCAUUGAGGUGUUACAAAGCAAACAACUUGUUUUAGGGUGUUUUUAAAAUCUAUUUAGGAGAGUUAUAUAUGGAUAUAUAAAUAUUUCUUGAUUAGAAAAUUCUUGUGACGUUGGACCGAGAUUGCAAUAUAUAUACUACAUUAGCAAACCGGUUGGAUCUUGGUCAAUAAAAUAAUUUUGGAAAUAAUACAUCUGUUUAUUUGUUUAGUAAUGUGAAUUUUUUUUUUGAAUAACCAUAUUUUUAAAAAAAAUUCCAAAAAUAACUAGGUUUUCAAAAAAAUUACACAAAUGUCACUUUUCAGCAAAAAAAUACACGUUGUCGCCAGGGGGGGUGGCGACAACAAUGGGCCAGAAGAGUGUUCGCCAGUGGGCCUGGCGCCUACGUGUAUUUUUUAGGUGUUGUCGCCACCCCCCCUGGCGACAACACCCCCCCUUAUUUUUUUUUCUUUUUUUUUUGUAAUUUUUUUUCUUUAACAUAAUUUAUUCUAAAUUUUUUUUAUGUUAUAUUUUUCAAAUAUUAUUUCAACAUGGAUUUUUUAACUAAUUUUUUUUCCAUAUUAAUGUUUUACUUUCAAUAUUUUUUACUUUCAAUAAUUUUUUCGGUACUAUUUUCUCUUAAA